UUCCAACCCUAAUCUAUUGAUAACUCAUAAAAAAUGUACGUAAUCAUAAUUAAAUGAUUCUUACACAUGAUCAUCUCAUCGUCUACCAAUAAAAACACGAAAGAUCUUAGUUCCCACUCAUUUUCUUAAGGCAAUAAGACAAUAGCUUAGUUUGGCCCUGCGGUAGCUUUUGCAGAAGCAGCUUCUGCUGGAGCUUUUAGAUAAGUACUUUUCAAAAAAAGCAGUUGAUUGUUUGGCUGUAAAACUAUUAGAAGUGCUUUUUAAUAUGAGAGGUUGUGUAAAAUGACUAUAUAGGACUUAUAAUAUAAAAUAUGAAUAAAAAUUCUAAACAAUAAAAAGUAGUCAAAAUGGAUCUUGUUAGAUUUCUUUUAUAUUAAAUAAUAUGAUUUUAUAAUUUAUUUUAUUUUUAAAAUGAUAUAAAUGAAGAAAAUUUAUAUUUUCUGAAAUAAAAUUAAAAUAUGGUAAGGAUAAUCUUGUAUUUUCAAAACAGCUUUUCGCAGAAGCUCCAAAUCGUAGCUUCUGCUUUUAUGCUAUACAAAAGCGCUAGACUUUUCAAAAGCCGAGCUUUUACAGGUGUUUGGCCCUGCUUCAGCUUUUGAAGCCGAAAAGCACUUCUAAAAGCCUGGCCAAACAUAGGGAAUGAGCUUCUACCCCCUUAUUGCCACACCUUGAGCUGAACUAUACAUGAUUCCAAGUUUCACCCCAGGUAGAUAACAAUAAGGCUUAAUUGCAAGUUUGGUCACCCGAAUUGCUUAAAAAUUUCACGUUUGCCACUCAAAUUGAUUUAUUCCAUUUAUAGUAACUCGAAUUAGUUGAACCGUCCAAGUUCGGUCACUCUCCGUUAACCUCCGUUAGACUCCGUUAAUGACGACCGUUAAGUGAUGACGUGGCUAACAGAAUGACACAGUCAGCACAUUUAAACAUUAAAAAACGACGACCCGACCCGACAGCUCAGCCUUACCCGCCCUGUCAGCCAUUCUUGCCCAACCCGCGAACCAACCCAAUUAAUUGACCCUAAACCCAAACCCGAGACCCAUUCCCAAUUCUUAUAUCUACCUCCUUGUUCCCAUCGUCUCCAGCUCCUCUCCACUUUACUCCUUUCCCUCCCAUGGCUUCUUGUUGACUUCCGCCUCACCUUAUUCUCCUUCAUCUUCUCCAUCCAGUUCCUCUCAGUUCUCUCCCCGAUCGCUUCGAAUCCGAAGAAAAUCGAAGGAGGAAAACAACAAAUGGCGGUUGACCUAAUGAGUUUCAGGAAGGUCGACGAUCAGAUUGCGAUCCAGGAAGCAGCCGCUCAAGGCUUGCAGAGCAUGGAGCACCUAAUCCGCGUCAUGUCUCGUCACCAACAGCAGUCCAACAGCCACACCACCGCCGCCGAUUGUACGGAUCUCACGGAAGUCACCGUCUCCAGGUUCAAGAAGGUCAUCUCCCUCCUCAACCGCACUGGCCACGCCCGCUUCCGCCGCGCUCCCCUCCACCCUAAUUCCUCCUCUUCCUCCUCCUCCUCCGCCCCCGCUGCCGCCGGAUCGCCACCGCUUUCUUCGUCCACAGCGCCUUCUCCACCUCAAUCGAUCACAGGUUUGGGCUUAGGGUCAAUUAAUUGGGUUGGUUCGCGGGUUGGGCAAGAAUGGCUGACAGGGCGAGUAAGGCUGAGCUAGCGGCUCGGGUCGGGCCGUCGUUUUUUAAUGUUUAAAUGUGCUGACUGUGUCAUUCUGUUAGCCACGUAAUCACUUAACGGUCGUCAUUAACAGAGGUUAACGGAGAGUGACCGAACUUGGACUAUUCAACUAAUUCGAGUGACUAUAAAUGGAAUAAAUCAAUUUGAGUGGCAAACGUGAAAUUUUUAAGCAAUUCGGGUGAUAAUUGUCAAAACAUAUUGAUUUUGCGUGCUUAAUGGGAUUAUUUUCAUGAUGUGUUUGAGAUCUAUAAUACUUGUUUGAGCUCCAACUAAGCCUGGAAUGGUUAUAAAACCAUUACCAUCAAGUGCCAAAUGUUUUAUAUAUUUCAGAUAAAUGAAACGAGAAAUUUGCA